UUGGGGGGAUUCCUCCUGGGCAGAGAAUAAAAGCUGAAAACGCUCAGAGAAAUAUAAAUGCAUGCUUCUUACUCAGGCUUGAAAUGGAGGACUUUUGAAAUCCCUCCUGGGCUGAAAGGAAAAGAUAAUGAUAAUAAUAAUGCUGCUAUGAAUGGGGAUGCAUGCUUCUUGGCGAUGCUCAAAAUGGAGGACGUUUUUGGAAUUCCUCCCGGACAGACACUGAAAGCUGAAAGGACUCGUAGAUGUGGAGUCACCUAUUUGGCCAGGGCUGCAAGGCAAGUCUUCCUCUUUUUCCUUGCAGCAGAGCAGGGCUUACAGUCCUGUGGCGACACUUAAGUACAAUGAAGCUAGAAUCUCCUGAAUUCCAGUCCCUCUUCACACCAGGACUGAAAGGUGUUGCAGAACUAUUUGACGGAGCAAAUUAUGAACUAAGAAUAGCAGGAGGUGCUGUCCGGGACUUACUCAGUGGACUGAAGCCACAAGAUGUUGACUUUGCCACCACUGCAACACCUACACAGAUGAAGGAGAUGUUCCAGGCUGCAGGUGUCCGUAUGAUCAACAAUAGAGGAGAAAAACAUGGAACCAUUACUGCUAGGCUUCAUGAGCAGAACUUUGAAAUUACCACACUUAGGAUUGAUCUGAUUACUGAUGGGAGGCAUGCAGAAGUGGAAUUUACAACUGACUGGGAAAAAGAUGCUGAGAGGAGAGAUCUCACAAUUAAUUCUAUGUUCUUAGGUUUGGAUGGCACACUCUAUGACUAUUUCAAUGGCUAUGAUGAUUUAAAAAGCAGCAAAGUCAGAUUUGUGGGACAUGCGAACCAAAGAAUACAAGAAGAUUACUUAAGAAUUCUACGAUACUUCAGGUUUUAUGGAAGGAUAGCAAAAAAGCCUGGUGACCAUGAACCUGAAACUCUAGAAGCUAUCAAAGAAAAUUCCAAAGGCCUGGCUGGGAUAUCAGGCGAGAGGAUUUGGAUGGAAUUGAAGAAGAUCCUUGUUGGGAAACAUGCUAAUCAUCUCAUUUGCCUAAUGUACGAACUUGAUGUAGCCAACUACAUAGGACAAAAUGUGAAAGGAUCUAGGAUCCAAGAAUUUGAGGCAGUCUUAAAAAUGUCAGAAUCUCUUCCAAAACCAAUGACCGUUCUAACAUCACUGUUAAAGGUUCCAGAUGACAUCACGAAACUGGAUUUAAGGCUGAAAAUUUCAAAAGAUGAAAAAAACCUUGGACUGUUUUUACUGAAGCAUAGGAGAGAUUUGGUCAAAGCUACUGAUACUACAGAACCACUUAAGCCAUAUAAAGACUUCGUUAUAGAUUCAAGGGAAGUUGAUGCAACAUCCAGAAUCUGUGAGCUUCUGAAAUACCAAGGAGAAGAAGAUCUUCUGCAUGAAAUGCAACAAUGGUCUGUCCCUACUUUUCCUGUGAGCGGCCACGACAUCAGGAAAAUAGGGAUUUCAUCUGGGAAAGAAAUUGGGGUACUGUUGCAAGAGUUACGGGAUCGGUGGAAAAGAAGUGGAUACAGAAUGGACAAAGAAGAACUCUUAAGCUAUGUGAAGAAGGGAUAAAAGAAAUGGGGGAAAUACAGUCUAAAAUAAUUUAGUGAAUAAAAUUGUAUCAGAUUCUAUGUGUAAAUAUUUUGCUACUCUUGCUCAAAAUGGCACUUCGUACCAAAAUCCCUUGAAAUGAAUUUUCUGUUCGUGUUUUUUACAAUUAAAACAUAAAAUAUUGGCAAGCAA